AUGGACACCGAAAUUGCGAACGAAACUCGCAAGGCAACGGCACGACAACUAGAGAUGCAGCUAAAAACAACAGCACAGGACCUACACGAGUCGAGGGCCUUGUCGAAGCAGUUGUUGGAGGAAAGGGAGGAAAGCGAAGUGGAGCUCCAGAAGGUAAUCAACAAAAACUCAGAAUUGAGAAGGGAGCUGGCGGACAACGAUGUGCAGCUGACUGAUGCCCGCGGAGAAGUGGACCGUUUGCAAGGCACAAUAGACACCUUCAACCAGUGCGCUUCGACACAUGAACAUCUUACCGUCAAGUGCCUCGGCGGCUCCACCAGCAUCAACUACAUGAUGUACACGCGCGGGAACCGACGCGACUACGACGACCUCGCCAUCGACGGCUGGGCCUGGGAAGACCUCGAGCCCUACUUCCUCAAAUACGAAGGCUUGCAAGACUUAGAUAAACUACCGCCCACUUCCAUCCCUUAUCAUAACACUAAUGGCACUAUGAAAGUAGAAUUCUUCGGCGACUCCGGAAAUUCUUGGCAUUCCAGAAUAGUACAAGGUUUUAAAACUCUCAACGUUCCUUUAAAUCCCGAUGUUAACGCAGAGUCAGAAAUCGGGGUGACGCAAGUUGUUGGGUACGUGCACAAAGGCGAGCGCAUGAGCACCGCGCGCGGGUACCUCGCUCGCGACGACGUCAAGAGCGUGCUCAAGGUCGCGAAGGACGCGCACUGCGCCGGUGUUAUCUUCGACGACAAUAAUAACGCGAUAGGAGUCAAGGUUAUAACAAAGGACGGAUCUGAAAACAAGAUUUUUCGACUUUAUGCGAGGAAAGAAGUGAUUCUCUCAGCGGGGACCAUCGGGACUGCGCAAAUACUGAUGCUUUCUGGCAUAGGACCAGCGGCUCAUUUAAAUAGUCUAGGUAUUCCUGUGCGCGCUGAUCUACCCGUAGGCGAUAACCUUAGCGAUCACGUGUUACCUCUGAUAUACAUACCAGUUCCUCGGGGACAGGAUGCGCCCAGAAUAAAUCCUUUCAGAGCUUACAGCAACGCCCAUGAUCUCAUGCAGUGGUGUAAAUCGCGCACAGGAACGUUAGCUUCCAACGGAGUCACUGACGUCACCGUAAUGCUCAAUACCCGCUGCUACGACUUUGGUCAGCAUAAACUGUUGCACAACAGCUCCGAAUGCGAACUCUCUUCACUACAAAUGGUCCACUCGUUUAUAGAGUACAACCAGAUACCUGGCAACGAGGAUCUCGUUCAAAGAACGACAGGCUUAAACAUGGACAUUAUUCAGCAGCUUAGCGCCACAAAUAAGAACCAAGCGAUAAUUGUGGCCACUCCGGUCGUGCUUAGACCAUAUUCCCGCGGUACUAUCCGUUUGACCAGUACUGAUCCUAUGGAACAUCCAGCUAUUUUCCCGAACUAUUUAGCGGACGACCGGGACGUCGAGGAGAUGCUGCGGAGUAUUACGAUCCUGGAGCACCUGGUAGAAACGCCGGAGUACGCGGCGCGCAACGCAUCUAUCCUGCACUUGGAGUUGCCUGGAUGUCCUGAGUACUCGGCUGAUCGCGAGGGGUACUGGAAGUGCUACAUCCGUCACUUGACGUACUCGGUGUUCCACGCGGAGGGCAGCGCGCGGCUGGGCGCGGUGGUGGACGGGCGGCUGCGCGUGCGCGGCGCGGCGCGCCUGCGCGUGGCCGACCUCGGCGUGCUGCCAGACCUGCCGCGCGGCAACACUGCCGCCGCCGCCAUCGCUAUUGGGGAACGUGUCGCCGAUUUCAUACUGAAGGGGGAUAAAAAAUAA